AUGGCAGAAUCCAAGGGCGACGGCCUCGCUGGCAUGGCGCAUUCUGAGGCGCAUUACUUCAACAGCUACAACCACCACGGUAUCCACGAGGAAAUGCUGAAAGAUGAAGUCCGUACCAAGAGCUACCGCGACGCCAUCUACCAGAACCCCCACCUGUUCAAGGACAAGGUCGUCCUCGAUGUCGGAUGUGGAACAGCCAUCCUCAGCAUGUUCGCUGUCAAGGCAGGUGCUAAGCACGUCAUCGGUGUCGACAUGUCGACCAUCAUCGAGAAGGCCAAGGAGAUCGUCGCUGUCAACGGCAUGUCGGACAAGAUUACGCUGCUCCAGGGCAAGAUGGAGGAGGUUGUGCUGCCAUACGACAAAGUCGACAUCAUAAUAUCAGAGUGGAUGGGCUACUUCCUGCUCUACGAAUCUAUGCUGGACACCGUUCUCUACGCGCGCGACAAGUACCUGGUCAAGGAUGGUCUGAUCUUCCCCGACAAGGCUACCAUCUUCAUGGCUGGUAUCGAGGACGGCGACUACAAGGAGGAGAAAAUUGGCUUCUGGGACAACGUCUGGGGCUUCGACUACUCCCCCCUCAAGGCCACCGCUCUCACAGAGCCCCUCGUCGACACCGUCGACAUCAAAGCCGUCGUUACCGACCCCUCGCCCGUUAUCACACUCGACCUGUACACAUGCACAGUCGCCGACCUCGCCUUCCGGAGAACAUACGACCUCAAGGUCCGCCGCAGCGACUUCGUCCACGCCGUCAUCGCCUGGUUUGACAUUGAGUUCGCUGCCUGCCACAAGCCCAUCCGCUUCUCGACUGGCCCCCACACAAAGUACACUCACUGGAAACAGACCGUCUUCUAUCUCAAGGACGUCCUGACCGUCGAGGAGGGCGAGAGCAUCACCGGUGUUCUGGACACCAAGCCCAGCGAGAAGAACCACCGCGAUCUCGACAUCGCGCUUUCGUGGAAGCUGGAGACAGAGGACAUGCACAGGCAGGCAUCGGGCGAUGCUUCAUAUAAGAUGUGCUAG